UCUCUCCGGCCUCCGUCUGUUUUGCCGCCGGAGGUAGGGGAGUUCACUGGUGAGUGGUGACUGGUGAGGUUGGCCGGAGAUGAGAAACGACGUCGUCGGGAAAUGAUUCGUUCACUGCUUCAAUUAGGAACUGUACCCUAAACAAGUAGAGAUUAAUGUGUGAGGCGAGCAAGAUCCACAUAAGAUCUGCCACAGUUGACAAGAAAGGUUCUCCGAUGAUUCCGCCAUGGCCUGGUCCGGUCAAAAACAGUUUUUACAAGGGGUUCUCAUCAAGUGCCUCACCACUAAGGGCGUCUAACUGCGUCUGCAAGGCAACAACAAAUUUAUGGGGGCGGCUCUUUGACGAAGGCUACAGAGCAGAUGUUGCUAUUCAUACAGAUGAUGGUGGAAUUGUCUAUGCACAUGCUAAUCUUCUUGGAAUGGCGUCUCCUGUACUGAAAGGCCAAUUGAAGCAACCAAAAGCGUCUCGUCGUCUAAAAACAAUCUCUAUUCAAGGAUUUUCAUAUGACGCAGUUAGAGUGUUUAUUCGCUUCCUGUACUCUUCCUGCUAUGAAGAAAAGGAAAUGGAGGAGUUUGUUGUAGCCUUGUUGGUGCUUUCACAUCUCUAUGCGGUUUCUCCAUUGAAGCAAGAGUGUGAGCAGAAGCUGAAAGAUGGCUUGCUUACCACAGAGAAUGUAGUAGACAUUUUUCAACUCGCAUUACUGUGUGACGCCCCUCGACUAAGCCUCAUGUGCCACCGUAUGAUCCUGAAGAACUUUAAAGCUGUUUCUGUAACUGAAGGAUGGAGAGUUAUGCAGCAGAGUCACCCAACACUAGAAAGGGAACUCUUGGAAUCUGCAAUCGAUGAAGAUAACAGGAGAAAGGAGAGGAUCAGAAAGAUAAAUGAGAGAAAAAUAUAUCUGCUAUUAUAUGACGCGAUGGAGGCUCUUGUGCACAUAUAUAGAGAUGGUUGUCAAACAAUCGGACCAUGCCAUAAGGACCUUAGAGAGAACAAGGUUCCUUGUAAAUAUAUAGCCUGUAAGGGAUUGGAAUUGCUUGUUCGUCAUUUUGCUGGUUGUAAAUUGAGAGUCCCUGGUGGUUGUAUCCAUUGCAAGAGAAUGUGGCAGCUGUUGGACUUACACUCCCGCCUUUGUGCUGAUUCCGAUGUCUGCAAGGUUCCUUUAUGCAGGAACUUCAAAGAGAGAAUUAGGAAACAGAGUAAGAAAGACGAUAUUAGGUGGAAGAUGUUAGUGAAAAAGAUUUUGAAAACAAAGAAAAUAGCUGGAGCGUCAUUCUUAACAUCAGCAGUUGUGAGCUCUUUGUGGUAA